GUGUAAUACAAAUUUCUUUUUCUUAAAAAAUGUCCUUUGAAUAUUCUCAAGAAAUAAUCAAUGAUUUGGAAAAAUUAUUUGAAGCAGAAGAAGAAUAUAAUGUUAUUAUCUAUUCUGGUGAAAAUAAAAAUAUGAAAGAAUUUCAUGCACAUUCAAUUUUAUUACGCAUUAGGUCUCAAUAUUUUCGUUCAGCAUUCUCUAAGGAGCGGUCUGAGAAGAAGGAUGGAAAAUAUGUUUUUAAUUUUCCUAAUAUUUCUCCCCAAUUUUAUAAAAUUAUUUUAAGAUUUAUUUAUUGUGGGAAGAUCGAUUUGUCGAAAUUACAGGGACCAGAUAUCCUAAAACUUUUGAUAGCAGUGGAUGAACUAAAAAUUCAAACAUUAAUUCUUUGUAUUCAAGAAUACUUGAUUAAACAUCAACAUGAGUUUUUACAACAAAAUCCUUUAGAAAUUCUUGAAACUGUCUACCAACGUGAAACUUUUACAAAUUUGUGGAACUAUUAUCUUGAAGAAAUUUGUGCUAAGCCAGAUACAUUGUUUAAAUCUAAUAAGUUUACAAAUUUAAAAGCACCUUUAUUAGAAUUACUUUUAAAAAGAGAUGAUUUAUCAUUGGACGAAAUUGAUAUAUGGGAUAGCUUAAUCAAAUGGGGUUACGCUCAGCAUCCUUCUAUUCAACGAGAUGUUAAGAAAUGGAAUAAAGAAGAAAUUACAAUUAUGGAAAGAACUCUUCAUAAAUUUAUUCCUUUAAUUAGAUUUUACCAUGUAGAUUCGGAAGAUUUUUUUUUAAAAGUAUAUCCUUUUAAAAUAUUAAUACCUGAAGAUAUACUUGAUAAUGUACUUGCAUUUCAUAUGGCACCAAGUAAGAAAUCUAGUCUUAAUAUACAACCCCCUAGAAAGUCAAAAAAUGUAUAUGGUUCUGUUAUAAUUGGACCACAACAUUUUGCUAUUUUUUCUAGUUGGAUUGAAAAGAAAGAUGCUUCAAGAAACAUUCCUUAUAAUUUCAAUUUACUUUAUCGUGCUAGUAGGGAUGGUAACACAGCUGCAGCCUUUCAUACUAAGUGUGAUAAUAAAGGAGCUACUAUUGUUAUAUUAAAAAUUCCAAAUUCGGAACAUAUAUUGGGAGGUUAUAAUCCACUUCAAUGGGGUUCAAAUGCAUGGAAGUCUACAAGGGAUAGUUUUUUAUUUUCAUUUACGAAUAAAAAUGAUCAUAACAGUGCAAAAGUGGGUCAUGUUAACACAGAUUAUGGUAAUGCUAUAUAUUGUCGUCAAAAUUGUGGACCAGCAUUUGGCGGUGGUCAUGACUUAUUUCAAGAUAGUGAUAGUAAAUGGAAAAACUAUCCAGGCUUUUGUUCUUAUUCUAAAGUUGAUAUGCCACAAAGUUAUAUGUCGGGUAGUUAUAAUUCUUUUGAUGUAGAGGAUUAUGAAGUUUUUCAAGUUAUUAAAAAAUGAAUAAUUUGAUUAUUGAUUUUAGUCCAACCGUUUUAUGGAGGAAAUAUUUUAUUAUUUGUUUAAAUAAAUAUAAAAAUCUACAAAUUCCAAUAAUUAUUCAUCAAGUUAAUCUGUGUACUUAAAAU